GUCUCCACACCAUACAGUGGCUUUACAGCUGUGAUCUCCUGUCUGACGGGAGCGUCCGUGGAUCCCAGCGGCUCGGCUAUGAUGGGCGGGAUUUCAUCUCCUUCGAGCUGGGAUCCAAGAGCUUCGUGGCGGCCGACGACGCUGCUGAGAUCACCCGGAGGCACUGGGAAGAUGAGAACGAGGUUGAGAGGCAGGAGAAUAACCUGAAACACGUCUGCCCAGAAUGGCUCCGGAAAUACGUCAGAUAUGGGCAGAAAGAGCUGGAGCGCAAAGUGGCCCCUGACGUCCAUGUGUCCGGAAAAGAGGAACAUGGGACACUGAUCCUAUCCUGCCAUGUGUACGGAUUCUAUCCCAACAUCAUCACAGUCAACUGGAUGAAGGGCGGUGAAAUCUGGGAUCAGGAGACGGAGUGGGGUGGGAUCGUUCCCAACAGCGACGGCACCUUCCACACCUGGGCCAGGAUCGAGGCGCUGCCGGAGGAGUGGGAGCAGUACCGGUGCCGGGUGGAGCAUCCCGGAAUGCUGGAGCCCGGGAUCUUCGCUUGGGAGCCGACAUAUGGUGGGAAUCUCGACAUGGUGAUCGCUGUGUCCGUCAUCGCUGCCGUCCUCAUCCUUGUCCUCAUUGGAUUUGGUAUCUGGAGGCUCCAAUCCGGGAGGAGGGACAGGAUUGGAUACAACCCGCCAGCCGGAAAGAACAUGGGAAUCAACAUCUGAAUCACACGUAUGGAGUGGGAUUGGGGAAUCACCGCUGGAGUGAUCCACGGAGCUGGAUCCGCCCCUUUCCCUCUUCCCGGGAAAGCCUAGAGCUGCCAGCAGAGCUCAUCCCACUGCUGCCACCCACCCCACAGCUCUUGCUAACAGAUCGAUUUCCUGUUUUCCAAUGUUUUAGAGCCAAAACCCACAAAUAUUCCUGAUGCUUUAGUUCUGGUGUGAAAUUAUCCUGCUUGGGGCAAGAAAUCCGGGUUCCUC